CAGCCUGGCUGUUGCUGAGCUCUCACUCACUCAGCAGCAAGAGGAGCAAGAGGAGGCAGGGGUAGCACAAAGAAGCCAGGAGUUGGAGUCAGACCAGGAGCUUGAGCCAGACUUGGAGUUCAAGUUGCUUUUGCUAAAGCAGCAGCAACUAAAGAAGUUGAAAAGAUGCUGGCUAUCUUGGGACUGCUUACCUCCUUCCUUUCUUUCCUGUACGUGAUAGCUCCAUCCAUCAGGAAGUUCUUUGCUGGUGGGGUUUGUAUAUCAAACGUGCAGCUUCCUGGGAAGGUAGUGGUGAUCACCGGCGCCAACACGGGCAUUGGCAAGGAGACAGCCAGAGAGCUGGCUCGCAGAGGAGCCCGAGUGUACAUUGCCUGCCGAGACGUACUGAAGGGGGAGUCUGCAGCCAGUGAAAUCCGAGCUGAUACAAAGAACUCCCAGGUGCUGGUGCGGAAACUGGACCUAUCUGAUACCAAGUCCAUCCGAGCCUUUGCUGAGGGCUUUCUGGCAGAGGAAAAGCAGCUCCAUAUUCUGAUCAACAAUGCAGGGGUGAUGAUGUGUCCAUAUUCUAAGACAGCUGAUGGCUUUGAAACCCACCUGGGAGUCAACCACCUAGGCCACUUUCUUCUCACUCACUUGCUCCUGGAGCGGCUGAAGGAGUCCACCCCUGCACGGGUGGUAAACCUGUCAUCGGUGGUUCACCACAUUGGCAAAAUUCAUUUCCAUGACCUCCAGGGUGAGAAGCGCUACAGCCGAGGUUUUGCUUAUUGCCACAGCAAGCUGGCCAAUAUGCUUUUUACUCGUGAGCUGGCCAAGAGGCUCCAAGGCACGGGGGUCACCACCUAUGCUGUGCACCCAGGCGUCGUCAGCUCUGAGCUAGUGCGACACUCCUUCUUGCUGUGCCUGCUCUGGAGGAUCUUCUCCCCCUUUGUCAAGUCGGCACGGGAGGGGGCGCAGACCAGCCUGCACUGUGCCCUGGCUGAGGGUCUGGAGCCCCUGAGUGGCAAGUACUUCAGUGACUGCAAGAGGGCCUGGGUGUCUCCAAGGGCCCGAGAUAACAAAACGGCUGAGCGCUUAUGGAAUGUCAGCUGUGAGCUUCUAGGAAUCCAGUGGGAUUAGAGUUGGUGGAAGAGCCACACCUGUAUCAGGCCUAGUCCAUGCCUUACUGAAAGGAGACCAAGAAGACCAAGAAGGCCAAUUCAGAAGGACUGUCCUCCUGGCUGGCUACUGUUGAGAAUCCUGCCCUGCUCUGAUUCUCUCCAUUCUUCUGGAAACCUUUGCACACUCAACACUCUGGUGAGGCUGGUUCAUGGUACAAGAUGUUCACACCUACGGAGGAUUCUUCUCUAAGUAUUGCAGAGUCAGCUGCCCUCUCUGGGCAGGAGGACUGGGCAGAGCCAGAAUGCUCAGUGGAUGUGACAGGAGUGUCAACAUGACAUACUAUAUGUCCAGGGUCUAUAGACCCAAAUUCUGGCUCAUCCUCUUUGGGAUACUAGUCAGAACUCUGGAGGCUGAACCAACUCAGGAAAAUCUUGGCUUGUCCUUGGUCAGCUUUGGUUUCUUUCUCUGAGCAUCCUGGAGCCACUGCAUGAAGCUGUACCUUCCCAUUUUCCUUUUUCAGUUCUUUUUAAGAAGUUAAAAAAAAUUUUUUAGCUUUAUUGAGAUUUAACUGACAUAAUAUUGAGUAAAUUUGGGCCUUCUCAUUCUCAGUCACAUUGAUGGUUUCUUCCUGCAAACUUCCCUUUACCUAAAUUUUUAGAGAAAAUAAAAAUGGUGCAUUCA